AUGGAGAAGAAAAAGACGAAUAAGCGACAAUUUGCCUGUCUCGUGGCCUUUAUGGAGAAAAAUCCCGAAAUAGCCAGAGGAAGUAAAUUUGUUCAUUCACGGGAAUCGGUUACAUCCUUAUGGUGGACACUGACGGAUUCCCUGAACAGUUUGGAUCCUCCCACUCGUUCCGUUGCAGCAUGGCAAAAGGUUUGGACCGACAAAAAGCUGCAACUAAAGCGAAAGUUGCAGCAUAAUAAAAAUGAGGCUGUGGCCACUGGUGGUGGGCCAAAUACGCUGCAUUCCUUCAACGAUGUGGAAGAAACCAUCAUUCGUCUCCUUUCACUAGACAGAGCGGUUAACCACAACGGUUCUGUUUUCGGAGUGCAAGUCCCUAGUGCACCUGCUAGUGGUGAAUGCCAAGUAUUUGUGCCUUGCGAUGAAGUCCCAAGUGAGGAACCGAAUGUCUCAGAAGACGACUCUGUGCAGGAUAAUGCAGCCCAUGAAGGGUCUCUGCAGGAUAAUGCAGCUCAUAAGGGUCAACCAGCUGCUCGUGGCCGCGGACGAUCGAAUAAUCGGAAUUACCGAAAAGCUCUGCUCGAAAAGCAGACGAACGAUCUAAAUAAGAUGAAGCGGCAUGUAUCGGAUUGUGCCCGAUAUUCACGUAAGUCGUACGAUUUACAACAACAGCGAUUUGACCUUGAAAAGAAGCGGUUUAAACUGGAGGAGGAGAAAUUCCAUUUUAAGAAACAGCUGCUGCUGGAGAAGCAGAAGUAUAAAAGCCAGCAGCUACAAUGUCAGUUACAGCUACUUGCAUACAAGAAGCAGAAACUCGACCAUGAAAUGGGGUGGACAACAACGGCUGAUGCACAAGAUGGUCAUAACGAGAUGGACAGUGACGAUUGA